AUGGCUGAUCCACACGACUCGCGAGAGGACGAGGCCGUCGAGGAAGAAGAGGAGAUCGACGAGACGGGAUAUAAAUCAGUGAACGAUGCCGUUCUCUUCGCGAUCGAAGUCAGCGAAUCCAUGCUGGCGCCCCGGCCCAGCGCUGAUCUGAAGAAAGCCGGGCCAGAGUCGCCCGCGAGAGCCGCCAUCAAAUGUGCAUACCACCUGAUGCAGCAGCGCAUCAUCUCCAACCCGAAGGACAUGAUGGGCGUGUUGUUUUUUGGGACUGAGGCGUCGAAGUUCUAUGAUGAGGACGAGAACAGCCGGGGCGACCUCUCCUACCCUCACUGCUACCUGUUCACUGACCUGGACGUCCCCGCCGCUGAGGAUGUGAAGAAACUUCGGGCGCUGGCGGAGGACGACGAGGAGACGAACCAGAUAUUGGUGCCGUCGAAGGAGCGGGUGUCGAUGGCGAACGUGCUGUUCUGCGCAAACCAGAUCUUCACGUCCAAGGCAUCCAAUUUCCUGUCGAGACGGCUCUUUGUUGUAACGGACAACGAUAAUCCGCAUGGCGACGACCGGUCCUUGCGGUCUGCUGCCACUGUUCGAGCGAAGGAUCUGUACGACCUUGGAGUCAUCAUCGAGCUGUUCCCCAUAUCCAGACCAGAUCACGAGUUCGACAGGACCAAGUUUUAUGAUGAUAUUAUUUAUAAAACCUCUCCCACCGAUCCGGAAGCUCCUUCCGCUGAUCCGGCCAGCACGCAAACCCCGUCAGUUGGGGGCGACGGGAUUACUUUGCUCAAGUCUCUUUUGUCUUCUAUCAGCUCCAAGUCUGUGCCCCGGCGAGCGCUGUUCUCCAAUAUACCACUGGAGAUCGGCCCGGGUUUCAAGAUUUCCGUGAAGGGAUAUCUUAUUUUCAAGCGUCAGGAACCGGCGAGAAGCUGCUAUAUCUGGCUAGGAGGGGAGAAACCCGAGAUCGCCAAAGGCGUAACCACGCAGAUAGCGGAUGAUACCGCGCGGACGGUGGAGAAAUGGGAGAUACGAAAAGCAUACAAGUUCGGCGGCGAACAAAUCUCGUUUACUCCGGAGGAGCAACAGGCAUUGCGGAAUUUCGGCGAUCCUGUGAUCCAGAUUAUCGGAUUCAAACCGAUCUCAGCCCUCCCGUUCUGGGCUUCGAUCAAACAUCCCACCUUCAUUUACCCGUCCGAAGAGGAUUAUGUUGGGUCGACACGGGUAUUCUCCGCCCUGUAUCAGAAGCUCCUCAAGGACCAGAAGAUGGCGCUUGUCUGGUUCAUCGCGCGACGGAACGCAAGUCCGGUGCUGGCUGCGAUGCUCCCAGGCGCUGAGAAGCUGGACGAGAAUGGAGUGCAAAGGAUCCCACCGGGGAUGUGGCUUUUGCCUCUGCCAUUUGCGGACGAUAUCCGACAGAACCCGGAGACGAACCUGGUGGUGGCGCCGGAGCCGUUGAUCGACCAGAUGAGGACGGUGAUCCAGCAGCUGCAGCUGCCCAAGGCGCAGUACGAUCCUCUCAAGUACCCCAACCCGUCGCUGCAGUGGCAUUAUCGGAUUCUGCAGGCGCUCGCGUUGGACGAAGACCUGCCGGAGCAACCGGAGGACAAGACGAUUCCGCGGUACCGGCAGAUCGACAAGCGGGCGGGAGAGUAUGUCAUCUCGUGGGGGGAGGAGCUAGAAGCGCAGUACCGGAAGAUGUUCGAGGAGCAGCCCAAGACAUCGACCCUGGCUAAGAGGCCGGGCAGAGCAGAGGCAGCGGAAGGUCCGUCAAAGAGGGCCAAAACCGAGGCCGACGGCGGACAGGGCGUGACAGCCGAAGUCCGAAGCCACUAUGAGAGAGGCGAUCUGUCGAAGCUGACACUGCCGGUGCUGAAGGAAUUCCUUGCUGCGCAGAAGCUGUCGACAGCGGGGAAGAAGGCAGAACUGAUCGAGCGGGUUGAAGAGUAUUUCGAACGGAAGGGCGGGUAG